GCGGGGCGAGGGCGGCGGCGUGAGCUUGGAAUCUCGGGCAGCUCCUCGUCGUCCUCCUACUGCGCGUCCCCCUCAGCGUCCACCUCUGUGCCGUUCUUCUCCUCAGGGUCCUCCUCCUCAGAGUCCCGUCCUCGGCGUCCCCCUCCUCGGCGUCCCCUCCCCGCCCUCCCCCUCGGCUUCCCUCGGCCGCCCGCCGCCGCCAUGGGCCCGCGCCCGCCGCGCCGCCGGGCCGAGGAUAGCUGAGGCGCGGCGCGAAGAUGGGCGAGGGCGGAGCAGGGCCCGAGCGCCAGCCCGAGCAGCCCGGGCGCCCCGCGCGCGCCCGCCCGCGCCGCCGUGGGGAUGCCCGCGCCCGCCGCCGCGCCCUGAGCGCCUUUGUCUGCCGCCCGCGCCGCCCGCCGCACCACUGGCCUCGCGGGCCCGCGCCGCGGCCGGGGGCGCGCCCAUGAAGAUGGAGCCGGGCCGGCCGGCCUCCCCCACGGGCGGCCGGGGUCCCGACCCAGAGCCCGGCGGGCCCAGCGUGCCCGCCGCCCCCACCCCCGCCCCCGCCCCGUGCUCGGGGCUCGGCACGCAGGACCCCGCGGCCAGCGCGGAUGCCGGGCGAGCUCCGGGGCGGGAGCGGCGGCCGCAGCGCGUGGGCCGGGACCCCGACCCAGACCCGCCGGAACUGGGCCCGCUCUUCUGGACCACAGAGCCGGAGGAUGACGGCCUCCAGCACAGCGCGUCUGUCCCCGCACAGGACUUUAGCCGCAGGCAUCACUUGAGGGGCGAGGUCGACUUCUUUCCCUCCUUCGCGUCGCCCGCGGUGGGCGAGCCGGCCCUGGAGCUGGGUCCCGGGGACCCGGACCGGCCCUCGGACUUUAGCCAGACCCGCCCCCUAACGAGCGAGCCCGCGGGGUGUCCGGAGGACGGCCCCCGCCUCCGAGCCGUAUUCGAUGCCCUGGACGGGGAUGGGGACGGCUUCGUCCGCAUCGAAGAUUUCGUCCAGUUCGCCACCGCCUACGGGGCAGAACAGGUGAAGGACUUAACGAGGUACUUGGAUCCCAGUGGGCUCGGCGUGAUUAGUUUCGAAGACUUCUACCGAGGGAUCACGGCGAUCAGAAAUGGAGCAGAUCCCGAAGGCCAGCUCUGCAGCGUCACGCCUGCCCCCUACGAGGAGCCGUCAGCCUGCCCCGAGGAGUUCGAUGACUUCGUUACCUUUGAGGCCAACGAGGUAACAGACAGUGCGUACAUGGGCUCCGAGAGCACCUACAGCGAGUGUGAGACCUUCACAGACGAGGACACAGGCACCCUGGUGCCCCCCGAAUGCCUGGACGCCGCGGAGGAGCCCGGUCACGGUGCCCUGCUGCUGCUCCCGGGCAGGUCCCACCUGCACAGCCAGUCGGUUGUCACGGUGAUAGGUGGUGAGGAGCAUUUCGAGGACUAUGGCGAGGGCAGUGAGGUGGAGCUGUCCCCGGAGACCCUCUGCAAUGGGGAGCACAGCUGCAGAGACCCCGCCUUCCUCACACCCAGUGCCGACCCGCUUGCCGCCAAGCUGCACAGCAUCCUCACUGAUGAGGCUUUUGAGUUUUACUGUAGCCAGUGCCACAAACAAAUCAACCGUCUUGAGGAUCUUUCUGCUCGCCUCAAUGAUCUUGAAAAGAAUAGUCCUUCAAAGCGGCUCUCCAGCAAGAAGGUGGCAAGGCAUCUGCACCAGUCAGGGGCCCUGACCAUGGAGGCCCUGCAGGACCCUCCCCCAGACCCCAUGGAGGGCAUGGAAGAGGACAUUGCUGACAAGGUUGUCUUCCUGGAGAAGCGGGUGUCAGAGCUGGAAAAGGACACGGCUGCCAAUGGGGAGCAGCACAGCCGGCUGCGGCAGGAGAACCUGCAGCUGGUGCACAGAGCCAAUGCCCUGGAGGAGCAGCUGAAGGAGCAGGAGCUGAGAGCCUGCGAGAUGGUCCUGGAGGAGACACGCAAGCAGAAGGAGCUCCUGUGCAAGAUGGAGCGAGAGAAGAGCAUUGAGAUCGAGAACCUGCAGGCUAGGCUGCAGCAGCUGGACGAAGAGAACAGUGAGCUGAGGUCCUGCACUCCCUGUCUGAAGGCCAGCAUCGAGCGCCUGGAGGAGGAGAAGCAGAAGUUGCUGGAUGAGAUCGAGGAGUUGUCGCUGCGGCUGAGUGAGGAGCAGGAGAACAGGAGGAGGCUGGGCGACAGGCUGAGCCACGAGAGGCACCAGUUCCAGAGGGACAAGGAGGCGACCCAGGAGCUGAUCGAGGACCUGCGCAAGCAGCUGGAGCACCUGCAGCUCUUCAAGCUAGAGGCCGAGCAGAGGAGGGGCCGUAGCAGCAGCGUGGGCCUGCAGGAGUACAACAGCCGCGCGCGGGAGAGCGAGCUGGAGCAGGAGGUCCGCAGGCUGAAGCAGGACAACCGCAGCCUGAAGGAGCAGAAUGACGAGCUCAACGGGCAGAUCAUCAACCUGAGCAUCCAGGGCGCCAAGAAUCUCUUCUCCACGGCCUUCUCUGAGUCCCUGGCCGCAGAGAUCAGCUCUGUCUCCCGUGACGAGCUCAUGGACGCCAUCCAGAAGCAGGAGGAGAUCAACUUCCGCCUGCAGGACUACAUUGACAGGAUCAUUGUGGCCAUCAUGGAGACCAACCCGUCCAUCCUGGAGGUCAAGUAGUGGCAGGAAGGCCCCACCCGGGCUGCACACGGCAGGGCUCCAGCACAGCAGGCACGCAGCUGAGACCAAGGUCCCUCACCCACUGCAGAGCACAGAGCUGGGCGGGGUGGGGCGGAGCAGGGGAGGAGGGACGGCGGGAUUGGAGCCCGCAGUGGCUCUGGCCUCCUGCUACGCCCUCCUCUCUGCAGAGAAUGGAGAAUGGUCUCUCAGGCUGGGGUGAACCCCUCUGUGACCUCUCUCCCGCUUCCUGCCAGGGAAGAAAGGAAGGAAACGGGUCCCUGCCAGGGGUGCUGCUCCCUGUGUCCGCCAGGCACCCUGACCCUGGCCCCAGACCUGGUGGGGCAGGGGGAGCACAGGCAGGUGAGGUCAGUGCAUGUCAGGGUCUGGCCAGGAGCUGCAGGGCCCCCCAGGUUUCCUGGGAAUGCCUGGGCUGACACCCAACCUGAAGGGGCCCCUUGGUCCAGCUUCAGGCUCAGGGGCCUCUAGGCCACAGGGCUGUGCUCACAGCCGGCCCCUCGCUGCAGCAACCCUGGCGCUGACCCCCCUGUGACUUGAGUGUCACAGUGUGGAACAUGUUGUCUGCACUGGGUGGGUGUCGCUGUCCCCCUCUGACCCCAGGGUGCAGGUAGGGGUGUGUCCUCUCCUCCCUAUGCGGAUCUCCUCUGCCCCGAGGAGUCCAAACAUCUGGAACCAGUUUCCUCUGGGAGUUUGAGGUCUUUAGAAGUCGUCAUGCCUCCACACGGUGCACUUUACAGGAGGCUGGGCAGGACAGGCUCUCCCAAGUACACAGAUCAAGGCCUUCCUGGUGGCUUGGAGGCCCUUCAAGGAAGCCCCUGCCCAGCGCCUGCACUGCCAGAAGCAGCAGCGUCACCCACAGGAGCUGUUGGGGCUGCUCCCCGAGCCUGAGCACUGGCCAGGAGCCUCCGGGUGCUCCCAGGUGGGCCACGACCCUGCACAUAGGCGGGCCGCUGCUGUGUGCGAGCGCAUAUGUGGGGGGGGGGUUGUGUGUGAGUGUGUGUGCGCGCGCGCAUGUGCAUACGUGAGUGUGUGUGGCCCAGUGUCCCUCCACCCUCCACGUGGCCCACCUUCUACACUAAGAUUUAAGAUGUUGCCUCGUAUUGUACAUUUUGGGGGAAGCCUUGGGUGUAAAUCAGUGUAAACUUGGAGGAGAGAUUUUUCUAUCAUGUAGAGUAGGUAUUUUUUAUAGAUUGAAGGUUGAUCAAUUUUUUAAUACUUCUAAGAGAGAAAACUAUCUGUGUAUACACAUGAAAUAUAUAUAUAUAUGUAUGAUAAUAAACACUGGAACUCUG